AUGGCUUCUCCAUCGCCUUCAGGAGAGAUUCACGUAAUCCUGGGCCCGAUGUUCGCCGGGAAGACCACCGCCCUCCUCCGGCGGAUCCAGGCCGAGAAGGACUGCGGAAGAUCGGUGGCGGUGAUUAAACCGAAGAGGGAUACGCGGUACGGACUCGAUUCGGUGGUGACGCAUGAUGGCGUCAGGAUGCCAUGCUUUUCUCUCUCGAAGCUUUCUGCUCUACGAGAUAAAAUAGGAGACGCAGCCUAUCAAAAGUUGAAUGUAAUAGGUAUUGAUGAAGCCCAAUUCUUCAAAGAUCUCUAUGAUUUCUGCUGCAAUGCUGCUGAUCUUGAGGGAAAAAUUAUUGUUGUUGCAGGCCUUGAUGGUGACUACUUAAGUCGAAACAAAUCCAACUAUGUGAAUUUGCAUCUAUCUAAUUAUUCUGUGCUCCUACCUCCACCUAACGAAGCCCGUUGCGAGAUUUGCAGUAGGCGUGCUUUCUUUACACUGAGGAAGACGAACGAUACCCAGACGGAGCUCAUUGCUGGGGCUGAUGUAUACAUGCCCGUCUGCAGGCAACACUAUGUGAAUGGAAAAGCUACCAAGUCCAUGUUAGCUCUCCAAGUUUCCUCCACAGCUCAAAGUAUGAAGUGA